AUGGGCUUAGUGUUCCGCCUCGCUUUGGGCUACCCACGCCCUGGCGGCCCACAUCCCACGCGGGGGCGUCGGACGUCGACCGGCAAGGCGCGGUCACCCCCCCCCAUCGGCCGCAAGGCCCGCAACGACCAUGCCUCUGGGGCAUUGUCUGGAGCCGUUCCCGGGGCGUACCUUACAGCCCACAACCUUGACCAAUGCAGCGUGCGCGGCCUGCUCGUGGCCAAGCGGCGCCACGGGGCCCACCCCCAAUGCCGCCCACAGGCACGAGCUGUUGCGCACCGCCCUUUAGGCUCCCAACUCCACUCGGGGCUUCCUACCUUGGCGGACAUCAUGGUGGCCCCAGUGGCGACCCUUCGCCACGUGCCACAUGCUGCUCGGGCCUCUUGGGCCCAAUGCCUUGCCCGCGCACUGGCCAACGUCGCGGCCCACAACACGGAGGCCGCUUGGCAGGAAUUGCUGACGCUCCCUAAGUCCUUACUAGCGGCCCCUAGCCGAAGAGGGGUUAAACACAAGGCGCAGCUUGCGCAGGCCGUCCGGCGACGAUGCAAGCGGUGGCUCGAUGGAGAACGCUUCGAGCUUUGGUCCGACCUAGACACGGCCCGACCCAAACCCUCUCGUGGCAACGGGGGGCAGGAAGCCCGCCAAGCCCGAUGCUGCCGGCUGGCUGCCGAGGGAGAGCUUUCCAAAGCUUGCAGGGCUCUUACGCACGCCCCUCCGUUGGCCACUUCAGCUGAGAUCCUGCAGGAGCUCCGGGCCAAACAUCCUUUCGCUUCUGAGCCGCACCUGGACCUCCUCGACCCUCCGCGCCGGGCCGCUGUCCCAGACUUCGAAGCUGCCGAGGUGGCCAAAGCAGCGCUAUCCUUCCGGCUGGUUGGGAAGUUGUUGCGCCAAGCAGUGAAAACUGAUGUUCGAUCUGGACUCUGGCCCUUACAGAUUGGCGUGGCUGCCCUGGUGGCCUUGAAUGUGGCGUACAUGUCAUGCGAGAUUGGGCACACCGCCACGUUGGCCACCCUGACAAAGUUAUCCUUCGACUGGAUUUUCGGAACGCAUUCAACUUGGUCGACCGGGCAUAUUGCAAUCGCCACACAUUUUCGACGCGAGUUGAGCCGCCAAGCCAUGCCUCCAAGCCUUGGCCGAUCUCCCAGAUGCCCAGACGGCGAUGCUCCUCCUCCGGCAUUGCCAGUCUCACCUCACGGCCAUGGCCCAGCGCUUCAAGCCUUUGAUGAGCAGGCCUGCCUCGAACAAAUUGGGGGGCUGCCCUUGACCCAGAACACCUGGCUACAAGCCAGUCUCGCUAUCAAAGCUGGCGGGCUGGGUCUUCGCAGCACUGCCUUGCAUGCCCCUGCGGCCUACAUUGCGUCCAUCACCCAUCUUGCUGCCUCGUGCACGGAGCUUGACCCUACCUAUCGGGUUGUGCCUCCCCCCGUCCACCAGGCUUUGACCUUAUACAACCAAGUUGUUUUGCCUGAGGACCAAAUCCACUCGUUGGCCCCGUCCUACCAACAACGGGACUUGUCGGCCACCGUGGACAAGGCGCAGCAGGCCCACUUGAUAGCUGCCACCACUGGCGAAGCAGCCAAAGGCCACCUCCAACUGGUCCAACAACCCGGGGCCGGAGCGUGGCUCACUGCCCUACCAGCUGACAAUCUCGGCCUUCACAUCAACGCCCAUUUGUUCCGAGUUCUCCUCCGACUGAGAUUGCGCCUUCCCAUUGCAGCGUCCGACGGCUUUUGCCCUCUUUGCGAUGGGGUGGCGGAUUGCUUUGGGGACCACGCUCGAGUAUGCCCAUGUGGUGGAGACCGAGGCAAACGACAUAACCGGUUGCGGAACUUCUUUGCCGCCAAGUUGGCUGCCGCUGGCCUCAGCCCAGAGCUAGAGAAACCUGGCUUGCUUCCUGCUCGGCCGGAAGAUUCGGGCCUAUGCGAAGCUGGAGUGUCGUUGAACCAGGCUUCCGCACGUCGACCUGCCGACGUGUGGGUUCCAGGCUGGGGGCUCCAUGGCCCGGCUGCCUUCGAUUUUGCAGUUUCCAGCGGACUUCGCUCUGGAGUGCUCCCUUCUACUGUUGGCAAUGGCGGUCAUGCUGCGCUGGUUUACGAGGAGCGUAAACGCAUGCACCAACGAACCGAAGCCCAGUGCCGGGCACAAGGCUUACAGUUCUUGCCUAUAGUUGCCGAAGGAUGCGGUGGGGGUUGGGCCCACGGCCAUGGCUGUCUUCCGGCAAUUGGGGAGCUUCCUCGCUGCUCGAACCGGUGA